UCGCAGUUGGUCAAAGCAAGUGGCGAGUGAAGAGUGGAGACCGGAGAGCGGAGAGUAGCGACAAAGUGAAAUGCGAGCUGCCUGUGAAAUAUAAGCACAACAACUCUCCCACUGCGUCAUAGUUUGGCAUAUUUCUGGAAUGCAGCAACCCGCAUAAAAAAAAUAAGAAAAAUAGCAACAAAAAUAAUAAUAAUAAAGAGAAGAGAAGAAACAACAAUCACUUGUUGGAAUAUAGGCGCAGGCAUCGCUACCGACUGUGGUCAAGUCAGUAACAACAAUAACAAUAACAAUAACAGUGGCUACUGCAAUUUGCACAGUGGUGCAAAGUUACACACACAGCACACGCACACACACUCACGUAGUGAACGGAAAUUGGCACUUGGCAAGGGGAACUAAGGGAGCGGCUGUGGAGCCCGCACCAAGUCGAUAAGUCAUCUGGGGUCUGUCGAUUGUCGAUUCUCCGUCAUCGUCGUCUGUGUGACGUCAUCUCGAUACUUGCAACUGAAUAAGCAAAGGGCGAAAGGAGGCGGCCAAGGCGGAGGCGUGGCAGUCACACAUGAUCACACAGUAAGAAUAACGCAACAAAGAAUUCGAUAAGUCGAUAAUCCGAGAGCCGAGUUCGACUCCCGAGUCCAACUUGAAAGCAAGAUAAACGACGAAGCUGAGACCGCAGCUGCGGCUCUGAGAGAGCAGGCAUGCAGGCAAAGGCGAGCUAUGGCCAACCAGUGACGCCUGGCACGCCAGACUCGACGCACAUUAUCAUUGGAGCAGCCGGCUACGUAGCCCACGAGCGUCGUCAACCCACCAAGAGCCUCAUGAAUUGCUUUCGGGAUCGCUCAACGCCCGCAUCGUCAGCGGCAGCCGCGUAUGUGCGCUCGCCGAGCACCACAGCGCACCUGGAUGGGCAGGGGAGCGGCAGCAACGUUGGCUCCACCACCACACUGGACAUGGUUGGCCUUACGACCACCGCUGGACGACCCGAGGCUGUUGUGUUGUUGCGGGAACUGCGCAGCAAGCCAAACAAAUUGACGCUGCUGAAGAGCAGCAGCACCCGGGAUCUGACGCGUCUGCUGUUGGAAGAUGCCACCGUCUUGGUAUCGAAUACCAGCCUGGACAUGUGCUCCUCCUCCAACUCCAACUCCAACUCGUCGGCUGGGAGUCCGGCGCAACCGCCGCGCAGCAACAGUCGCGAGUGUUGCGCCAGUUGCUCGAAGCGUUGGCACAAUCUGAAGCAGCGAAUGCACACGCUGGAGCAGGAUUUGCUGGCGCAGUCCAGCUACAGCCAAGAGCUGGAGGCCAAGCUGGCCGUGAUGAGUAGCCAGUUGCACGAACUACUCCAGGAGAGACGUCUACCGCCGCCGGUGCCGCCGCAUGCGCCCACCUCCAAUCUGGGGAAGCGGGCAGGUAUAACGCCGGUGCGUCCAUCACGUCUGACCGCGUGGAUGAAUCUGUCCAACUGGUGGAAGAGUCGACCCAGUGUGGAAACGUUGCGGGAGCAGCGCAUCUUCUUCGACGAGCCAUGCUUCGAUACCGAACUGGAGCUGGUACUCAAGCAUGAUCAGCAUCGCACCGUGCCCCGGAUCGUCGUCGAUUGUUGUGACCUCAUCGAGCACAAGUAUCGACGCUCGACGCAGCCGAUCGAGGGCGUCUACCGUCAGUGCGGUGACUACAACAAAAUCCAGACGCUGCGCUUCAACAUCGAUGCCAACGACUACGACGCACUGCGUCAACCGGGCGUCGAUAUACACACUCUAACCGGGGUGCUCAAGCUCUUUCUGCGCGAGAUCAAGAGUCCGCUGGUCAGCGUGAACGAGGCCAAGACCUUCAUUGGUCCCUCCAAUCAGUGGCUGCUCACCGAGCUGCACCAGAAGCUGGACAUACUAAAGAGACUGAUUCGCUCGCUGCCAGAGAUCAAUCGCGACACCAUGGAUUACCUCUUUGCGCACUUUAAUCGUCUCACCAAGGUGCCGCUGCAGCAGAUAAGCCCCGAGACGUUAUCGAUAUCGAUAUCACCAUCGAUAUUUCACACUGUGCCUCAGGGCGCGCAUGUCCACGAUAUCCAGGAACUGUUGCGCGAAGGCGAAACCCUCGCCGAUUGUGUGCGUCUAAUGAUCGAGUACCAGGCCCGCAUAUUCGAAUGCACGGCCGAUCGUCGCCUGAAGCGUCUCAGCAUGCGCAAUUUGAAGAAGACGCUAUCCCAGCCGGAUUUAUUCCACAACUUAUUCUGAUUCCGAAUCGGAUUGGGGAUUGGGGAAUCGAUGCCAGCAGUGCCAGAGCUCAACGUGACCAAUACGCUACACAUUAAGUACUCGGUAUAUAACUAUUGUACAUAACUUUUACGAUUUUAUGCUGUACAUAAAUACAAAAUAUUGAAUACAUAUUAUAUAUUAUAUAACUG